AUGGAUGAUUAUCGUUUUCGCGCUCAACAAUCCCCGAGGAACGAAGCGCCAAUGAAUUCCCUUGUCUCACCGCAGAGAAAUGGCAGGCCUAUGCCUCAGCCAGCCUCGCAGGAUCCUCGAACCGUUUUGCCUCGACGAUUCACUACCGACUCGGGGCGUGUACCAACAUUGUCCACUAUAUCCACCCAGCGUUUACCGGAACCCCAAGAAUAUACCGCCAACCAGUAUAAAGUACAAUUGUUAGAGAAAAAGAAAUUCGAGUAUGAGAAACUUAGAGAACAGAAGCGGCGUUUUGAAGCCGAAAUGCAUAAAUUGGAUCAGCAGCAAAUGAGGGACGAAUUUGAUAUCGCUCAGAUGCAGGAGGAUUUAGGUCGAGGAAGUAACAUGACGGGUCACCAGUCCGAGCCGACGACGCCUCCUGAGUAUCGAGAGACGGCAACUUCGGGUUUCCCCACCGUGUUCUCUCGUCCUAAUCGUUAUUCAACUCCUAGCCUUGGCUUGGUCUCUCCGCCAGGACUUUUCACCACUCGAUCAGGAAGAUCAGGCUCUCAAAUUGCAUCUCCCCAAUCAGGAAUUCUCCAGUCCCGCUUUUUCGACGACCCUCUGCCAUCCCGCUCAGUACCUGGCUCAAGAAGGAACAGUGACGAAGACGAGAAGGAAGAGGCUCUUCGGCAAGAUCCUACUAGCCAUCGGUCAACUAACGCUCUUAAUCGCUAUUCUAUGCCAGUUACUCGCCGUGGUAAUAUCUACGACAACAUCGAUCAGACCAACACGGCUGGUUUUCUCUUUAGAGACGACGAAUCUUCGAUAGAUCUCAGUGCCUUGGCGAACAUCGAUACCAGUGAGGACAACUUCCCUCAGCUUUACGCUCAGAAAGGCAACCCCAACGUGUUGUCUGCUUCUUCUGCUGCAGUCGAUCUCGCAUCUCAACGCGCAAGUGGUGAAACCACUCCUACCAACGGUUGGUCUAACAUUGCUCGCCAUCGACAACAGCAAAGCCUUUCUCAGAUCAAUUCUACCGAUACAAUGGCUCCCAGUCAAGUUGGAUCUUCCGCCGACACCACUCCUCUUGGUAACCGUUCUUUCCGCCACUCUCUUGAUCUAAACCAGUACCGAGAGCUUAACGCCGAGUCUGCUACCACCUCCACUAUGUCACCUUCCUCCACCCAGGUCAUGGCUACCCCUCCUAAGCUACAGACCUCUUUCUCUUCUACUGAAGUCACCAAGGGUAUCCCUAGCGCUACCAUGACUCCCUCUGGCAAUGCCAAUGCCCAUGCUCAGCAGCAUUUCCACAACCACAAUGCAAGCAUGGGUCGCAUUCCCCCUGGCGCCCUUAAGCGUCACAGCCGUGAGCUUUCUACUGGUGACCACACUGCUGUCACCCAAGCUGGUGUAGCUUUCCCUUCCAUCCAAUCCCAACUACAGGGUGGUGCCCCCGCUUUUGGCCCUAUUGCCUCAAGCCAGGCUGCUAUGCAGUCACCCGUCUCGGCUGGAGGAGCUUCCGCUGGCUCGCCUGCACUUGGUUCUUACCCCUUCUACAAUGGAUAUGGUCAGACAGCCCCUAACGGUGCCGGUUACCCUAUGAACAUGUUGGCUUUGAACAUGCAGAACAUGGGUCUCAACAACUAUCCUCCCCAGAACUACCCUGGUUACGGUCCUACUUAUCAGAAUCACGGCCAACCCCGAGAUUCCCAGCAACGCGUCAUCCAACAACGCCGCACCCAGGAUAGUAACGAGGCCAUGAGCCGCUACGCAAACCUGUCCUUGGAUCAGGUUGGAGGAAACAUCUAUGAACUUUGCAGGGACCAGCAUGGCUGCCGAUACCUACAGAAGCAGCUCGAGAGCCGUGACCCUGAGCAGGUUCAUAAGAUUUGGAGCGAGACUAACCCCCAUGUCGUCGAGCUUAUGACGGAUCCGUUUGGCAAUUACUUGUGCCAGAAGCUUCUUGAAUAUUGCAACGACGAAGAGCGUACUGUACUCAUUCAGAACGCUAGUCAGGACAUGGUCCGCAUUGCGCUCAACACUCACGGUACCCGCGCGUUACAGAAGAUGAUCGAGUUUGUUUCUACUCCUGUUCACAUCCAGCUGAUCAUCGAAGCCCUCCAGUAUCGUGUUGUGGAGCUUAUCCAGGACCUCAAUGGCAACCAUGUCAUUCAGAAGUGCCUUAACAAGCUCAGCGCACAGGAUGCGCAAUUCAUCUUCAAUGCUGUCGGCAACAACUGCAUUGAGGUUGGCACUCACCGCCACGGCUGCUGCGUUCUACAGCGAUGCAUUGAUCAUGCUACCGGAGAGCAGAAGCUAUGGCUCGUUACCAAGAUCACUGAAAACGCCACACGAUUGGUUCAGGACCCCUUCGGCAACUAUGUGGUCCAAUACAUCAUUGACCUCAACGAGACUGUCUUCACCGAGCCCUUGAUCCAGCAGUUCCGUGGUAAGAUCGGCCAGUUGUCUCGCCACAAAUUCAGCUCCAAUGUCAUGGAGAAGUGCCUCCGAUGUGGCGGUGACGAGUCCAAGGACAUGAUGGUCAGUGAGCUCCUUGUUCCGGGCGAGAUGGAACGCCUACUCCGCGACAACUUUGGAAAUUACGUUGUCCAGACUGCUCUCGACCAUUGUACCUACAGCUUGAAAAUGAGCUUGGUUGACGCUAUCCGCCCAAUCCUCCCUGCUGUACGCACAACUCCUUACGGCCGCCGUCUUCAGGCGAAGAUUCAGCAGCACGAUUCUCGUAGUGCUACCGCUAGUGGUCAAACCACUCCUGCUGACCCAACCGGAGGUCAGAUUGCUAUCCGAGCUACACAAACUCGUGGUAUGGCAAACCAGCCGAUCAUGGCACCUUCCGGUCAUUACACCAACGGCGCUACUCACAACGGCAUGAACGGCAACCGCCCCAGAAUGGCUUACCCGUCGCACAAUACUAUCACCAUGCCGAACGUUCCCAGCGGCGCUCCUCCCCAACCCCCUCGUCUGUCGCAGUACGCGACUUAUCCCGGUGCCGGUGUCAAUCCCGGAACUGGCGAGGGUGAAUUCUUCUAA